AUGGAAUAAUACGACAAAUACCAACUGUUUUUAAGGUUAACCAAUAAGAAAGAUACUACAAGCAAUUAUGAGGCUCUAAAUUCAUCAUGCAAAAAAUAGCAUCCAACAGUAUUGAGUGGGAAGAGAAAUCCUAACAAUGAGGCUUAUAAGAAACUACAUUAGAGUUCUGAAAUUUUUAAGGAAAAUACUACACCAAUCAAGAGUGAAAUAACCAGACCAAAAAAUUAUGCCACAGAGAGAAAGUCACGAGAAGAUUCAAAUACCAAAAGAACAUUGAUUCCAAGUUUAGACAAAUUUCAAUCACCAGAGAAAAGAUGUUCAUCAAAUAUUAGAUAUAAUGCUAAUAACGAAAGUUCUUAAAAGGAUUCGAAAAGAAUUUUAAAAACUUGUGAAUAACGACAACAAGACUUUUCUCAUCGAAUUAAUUUACCAAUUAGUGCUAUGCAAGUAAAAGAUUAUAAGGAAGAUAACUAUGGUCUAGGCAAAUAUAAAUCACAUGAGUCAACUUAAAAACUAAAAAGCUAUCUCGACCUUUAAGGUCAUAUGAAUAACUAAUCUUUUUAGAGUUAAACUGAUAGACUAUUUAAGACUCAGGUAAAAAACCAAAAAAACCUUCUCUCAUCGUACUAAAUAUGUAAGACCUAAUCAGAGAUAAAGAAUGGAAAGAAGAGAUUUAUUCAAAGUGCCAUGUCACAAUAGUUAUCACCUCCUAUAGUUCCAAUAAAACCAAAAGACAUCAAUAAAAUAUUUCUUAAGAGUUCUAAGGAAGUUUGGGAGAAUUAACAAUCAAAAGCAAAAGCAAUAGUGAAAAUGAAUCACGCUAAUCAAUAAAAAAGCUAAAUCGAUUUAAGGUGAGAUCAACUUCUAU